CAUUUCUGUCAAUUUGUUUUCUAUAUAAUCUCAGCUUCCGUGCACCCCCCCGAAUUUCCACUUUGACUGCACUCUUUGAUGAUUUUAUCUCUCUGUAACCGUUUUUAGGUCUUUGUGUGUCUGUAUUUCGAUCUGGGUCUUGAGUUUGAGGUUUUCUUGUUUCUUUACUGGAACUGGGUUUUUUUCCUCCUUGGUUUUCUCUGGUUGUUGAAUUGGUUGAGGUGUAAGUAACAGCCGUGGCGAUCGGAUUGUGGAUAAGAGAACAGUAUGCGGUGGUGGCUGACUCUUUCUGUUGAUGUGUUUCGAAAAGUCAUCUCUUUGAACCUUUAUUGUAGAGUUAUUCUGUAAUUUCAUCUUCUAAUCCAGACCCUUGAUUCUUUUUGGCUUUCUUUCUUCUCUAGUUUCCAUGGGAUCCUCUUUUUUUGUUGUCGUUCCUUGUUAUGUACGCCAGAUUAGCUGAAUAUUAGCGAAACCCGUUCCUAAAAUUCUUUUUGUUUAUCUUCCCUUCAUUUGUGCCGUUGGAUUUGGUGCUUGGUUGUGUUUUAUUGGUCUAUUGAUCUCUCUAGUUAGAUAUUUUCAGUAUUUCUGUAUUGGUGGAUAAUUUUACUCAAUUUUCUUUGGGAAUCAUUGUGGUUUACCGAUUACUGUUUUCGAAGUUUUCCUGUGGAAGAUUGUGUUGUUUAUUGUAUAUUGAAGGGUGGGAAGUAGUUAUGGUGUGCCAAGCAGCUAGCCAAACAAGAUUCCGGGCGUUGAAAUACGAACAUGGGAUUGCAGGGAGUGCCACCAUAAUAGUUAGAGUCAUAGCAUGCUUUCAACCACUUAAGUUUUGCCAGGCUGAAUAUUUCCGACAUUUGCUUAAACCUGUCACGUAGAUUAGUUUUACACUUUUCGUUUUCAAGUUAAGUUGGUAUUUUUUUUCAAUUAUCAUCAAGAGAAGCAUCUAGUAACAGCAAUUCCUACUACAGACAUCCUUCUUUUGGCAAUUGUUUUGUUUGGAUGGGAGAAGACUGUGGAUCCUGGUUCCCUCAGGAGCAACUGGGCGGGCAAGUGCCCAAUUUGACUUAUCUGGGUGCUCCAGUUGGCUUGGGGCUACAAUGUUCUAUUUCUAGAAUCAUGAACCAUGACACUAAUAUGACUUUGACAAAUGGAACAUUGCCAAUUAACACAUAUCCUGAGCUACCUCACUCUCAGGUUGUCCAGGCAAAUGAACCUCAAGGUUGGUUUUAUAGUUUGCCCUGCUUUCGAGAGGCCUUUACGCCUGCUUCAAACUCUCCUCUCAAAGAACAACUACCUGCUUGCCCUUAUCAGAAUAUUGGUGAGGCCAUCAAACCAAAUGCAGGGUUUGGGUAUGUGCAGAAGAGAUUUCUUGUUUUUGAUCAAUCAGGGGACCAAACAACUUUGAUGUUUAGUUCUGGGAUUGGGACUCCUGUUCAGUGCCUGACUUCUUGGGGUCCAAGACAAUUUGAUGCUUAUAAUUUGAGUGGGAAUGAUCCCACAGUGAAGGGAGAUGCAAAUCUUCAAACUGGACCAAAUUCAUACAAAGAAUUGGAUGAGACUAAGGGGGCUGAUGUGCAUAGUGAAAUGCAUGAGGACACCGAAGAACUCAAUGCAUUGCUGUACUCUGAUGAUGAUAGUGAUUACACUGAUGACGAUGAAGUCACUAGCACAGGUCAUUCCCCUAAUAUAAUGACAGCUCACAAAAAGCAAGAUUGGUUUGAGGUAAGCACAGAAGAGGUUGCUAGCUCUGCUGGACCUACCAAAAAGCGGAAACUUCUUGAUGUAGAUUAUGAUGAUGUAUCUUUGCCAAUGGUCACUGCCAAUUCUAUGAAAUUUAGCCCACACCUUGAGAUUGAGGAUGAUGCAGUAUCUAGUUGUGGCAACAGCCAGAAUCCAGUAUAUGGUGAAACGGGCUCUGUAUCAGGCAACAAGAGGAUUAGAAAGGAUAAAAUACGAGAGACGGUCAGUGUUCUCCGAAGCAUACUUCCUGAUGGAACUGGCAAGGAUGCAAUGGUAGUUCUUGAUGAAGCCAUUGAUUUCUUGAAAUCCUUGAAGCUCAAAGCUAAAGCUUUUGGACUGGAGAAUCUUUGAAACUGUUAAAUAUUUUGCCUUUAGUAUAAUAGUUAUCAUUGUUAAUUCUCAUAGAUUAGAAGUUGCUAUUGGAGUGUCCAGAAUAAAAGAAAGGUCCAUAGUAGUUGGGCUUGGAUUCUGCAGAAGAUUGGAAUUACUAGGCAAGGAGGAAUUUGGAAGUAAUGAAGUGGGAAGCUUGAAUUUUACCUCCUGGUGAUGAAGUUGAAAAUUAGAAGAUUGUAAUAUCUCUCUAUAGUCUCUAAUGGCUGUUUCUCAGGGUUUAGAGGAAGUCGGCUAGCUGUGUGAACGAGAUGACUAUUUAUUGCAGCGGGGCCUCCAGAAACGGGGCGAGUGCACGCCCGUUACGUGUUUUUGGGGCCCAACUUUCACUUUCUCCUGCUUUUCGGUGUUUAACAGCCGUGGGCCUGCUGGCCUCCUCUAUUUUAUCAUACAACUUCCCAGAAGGACCCCAAAAUCACCAUUAAAUGCGUAGUCAAUUGGUCCAGCCAUUGUUAUCGCCUGCCACUCUUAAAGCGGUAACAAAACUCUUGUUUGGUAUGGUGGGCUAGGGCUAAGUAUCCGGUUUUCUUCAUGUUAUUGUAAUAUGAUUGAGGAAAGACUUGUUUGUAUGUUUGGUUGCUGUUAUUUAUUAUUAUCAGCUGUGUGUGAUGAUACGUUUGGUUGAACGUGAAGGUUAUUUAAUAUUUGUUUGUCUUUA